UCAAAUAUUCAGCAGCGGUCUUCCCACAUUCUUUUUAAAUUGAGGACUUAACAGGAUGGCCACCCUAAAGGAGAUAUGCAGCGGCUUACCUCUGGAUGUUUUACCCCUGAACCGAGGACGAGACCCCAAUGUGCCCCAUGCGCCCGUUCGGACCCCAAACCUUACAGAUCAAGAGGAGCGGCUGGCACUGAGAAACGCCCUGCGAUAUUUCCCCCCGACCCAUCAUGCAACACUCGCACCAGAAUUUGCACAAGAGCUGCGCCAAUAUGGGCACAUUUACAUGUACCGCUUUUGUCCUGUGUUACAUCUGAGAGCGUACCCCAUCCACGAGUACCCGUGCCGCACACGUCAAGCGGCCUCAAUCAUGUUGAUGAUCAUGAACAAUUUAGACCCAGCAGUAGCCCAGUUUCCCCAGGAGCUCGUCACCUAUGGAGGAAAUGGGCAAGUUUUCAGCAACUGGGCUCAGUUUCGUCUCGUGAUGAAUUAUCUGAGCGAGAUGACAGAGGAGCAGACUUUGGUCAUGUACAGCGGUCACCCCAUGGGUCUGUUCCCAAGCCUGCCCUCUUCGCCUCGCGCCAUCAUUACCAACGGCAUGGUUAUUCCAAACUACUCCUCCAGAGAGCAAUAUGAAAGGAUGUUUGCUCUCGGCGUGUCAAUGUAUGGUCAAAUGACAGCUGGCAGCUACUGCUACAUUGGACCUCAAGGGAUUGUUCAUGGCACUAUGCUGACUGUGCUGAACGCCGGUCGGAGGUACCUUGGCUCCGGCGACCUUAGGGGGCGUGUCUUCGUGACCUCUGGCCUCGGGGGGAUGAGUGGAGCUCAGGCUAAAGCCGCCGUCAUUGCCGGUUGCAUCGGCGUCAUUGCGGAGGUGGAUGAGGCUCCUCUCAAAAAGAGACACGAGCAGGGCUGGUUGAUGGAGGUCACCGAUGAUAUGGACCACUGCAUUAAACGCAUCAGAGAAAGCAGAUCCACAAAGACUCCCCUUAGUUUGGGUUACCAUGGCAACAUAGUGGACUUGUGGGAGAGGCUGCAGUUGGAGUACCAGAAGACAGGUGAGCUCCUGGUGGAUUUGGGCUCAGACCAAACGUCCCUCCACAACCCCUUUAACGGAGGCUACUAUCCGGUACAACUCAGUUUCCGCCAGGCCAACCAGCUCAUGUCCACUGAUCCGAGUCGAUUCCGCAACAUGGUCAAAGAAAGUCUCCAGAGACAAGUGAAAGCGAUCAACAAAUUGUCGGAUGCCGGCAUGUUCUUUUGGGACUAUGGCAAUGCAUUUCUACUGGAGGCGCAAAGAGCUGGUGCCGAGGUGGAAAAGGUUGGUGGAGGUGCAACAGAAUUCCGCUACCCAUCCUAUGUCCAACACAUCAUGGGAGACAUUUUUUCUUUGGGCUUCGGACCAUUUCGUUGGGUGUGCACGUCUGGCGACCCCCAGGACCUCGCCAUAACCGACAAUAUCGCCGCCUCUGUCUUGGACAAUUUGAGCGCCAAUGUGACCGAUAGAGUCCGACAACAGUACAACGACAACAUCCUCUGGAUCAGGGAGGCCGGAAAACACAAAAUGGUUGUGGGGUCCCAGGCCAGAAUUCUCUACUCGGACCAGAAAGGAAGAGUUGCCAUUGCUUUGGCCAUCAACAGAGCUGUGGCUGAAGGAAAAGUUUCAGCUCCGGUGGUGAUCAGCAGAGACCACCAUGAUGUGAGUGGUACCGACAGCCCCUUCAGAGAGACCUCCAAUGUGUAUGAUGGCUCUGCGUUCUGUGCAGAUAUGGCAGUCCAGAACUUUGUUGGCGAUGCCUUCAGGGGUGCCACCUGGGUAGCUUUGCACAAUGGUGGCGGUGUGGGCUGGGGUGAAGUGAUGAACGGAGGAUUUGGUUUGCUUUUGGACGGCUCUGAGGAAGCAGCGAAGCGAGCCUCUCUGAUGCUCAACUGGGACGUGUCCAAUGGGGUGGCCCGGCGCAGCUGGUGUGGAAACUCCAACGCUUACGAGACCAUCCAGCGCACCAUGGAGGAGGUUCGACAGCUGCGCGUCACUAUGCCUUUUCCGGUACAUGAUGAGCACGUACUGGACCGGGCUCUGCAGGGCUAACCUCGAGGAACCGGAGAGUUCAAAUGAAAACAGCAGACAUUUAAAUUAAAGCAAUUGCUUUCAUGCAGAUGUAUUAUCAGAGAAAAAUACAGGUGUGUUAAAAUAGCUUAGUAAUUCGUAAUAAAUCGUAAUAAAUCACAUCAAUU